AAGUGCAAGGUUUUUAGGUAAGUUUAUUGGUCUUGUUUUCAACCGGAAACUAGGAAAAAAUGCUUGCUACUAUGUGCUGUUCAUUUGAUUUUUCAACUUUUCUUGAGUAAACAUGUAGAAAACAACGAAGUGGAAGCAAAACGAUAGGAAGAACUAAUAAAAUUAUAUUUGAGUACAUGGAUAUUUGGAUUUCAAGGGGAGAAAACAAACACACCGUUGUUUAUACAUGCAUAAAUGGACCUGAUUUCUUGUUUACCAGGAAAGUUCAACAGGACUACUUGGGGAAUAAACGAUAUGAGCUCUCCGGUCACCUACUAUCCCUCCUUUUUGAGGAUUUGCUCAAGAGAAUGAAUGAUGAAGCUAGGAAGACUGUUGAUGCUAGUUUAGCAAAAAGAACAAGGAAGGAUGUCAGCUUCUUACAAGUAUGCACUUUGGAGUUUGAUAGCAAAGCUAUUAUUACUGUGAUAAAGCAUAAUUUUAAAUAA